GAUAAUGCAGGACCCCGAGAUUAUAGGCUUAAACAUUGAAUAUAAACUGCGUUACAAUCCCGUUGAACGAGUUGUAAACGAUCGUACGCCUUUCAACACUUGUAAGGAAUGUCAUCAGUCUUGUACAACAAGAUAUAUCAUAAUGUUAACGAGGUUUUUAUGUAAUAGAAACAGGAGAUACAUGUAUUUGUUGAAACUAACGGGUAUAUCUGUAUUGGUAUUAUUGGUAAUCAACGGACUUAUUAAAUUAGAUGAAUAUCAGAUCAUUAAACCACUCAGUAAACCACAACAAAAACAAAUCAGACAGCCUCGAAGUGAGAAAUGGAUAGUAAUGGACAGUACAGACAUACACCCAGAUGACGUGACUUUAUUAGAUGACCGUGCUGACUGGGCGGGGCUUGUGAUGGAUUCUACAAAAUCUAGACAAAGAAUCAAGUGUGCAACAUGUCGAGGAAAUCAACCAAUGGAUGGAAUUUUAGAAGCCGUUAAAAGUCAGGCGAAAUAUAUCUACUAUGCUGAUGACGUGUUUUCCCUUCAUAAGGAAUUGUCCAAACUCAAACUAAAUCCACUAUCGUAUGGUUUAGACUUCAAUGGAAAAAACUCGCAUUUUGAUUUAGAAGCUCAUUUUAAAUCCGGCAAGGCGAAAUCACCGUUGAGCCAGAAUUUAAAUAGUCACUACCGACUGGGUGAGUGGAGGACUUCACUUAUUCAAGCUUUCGUUCCUACAGAAAUGUUGCUCCGCCCAUCCGAAAGCGCAGAUGAAAUAGACAGCAGAGCCCCAGGUAUACGUCUUCCUAAAAGUUAUUAUCACCCAUUUGCUCAAAAGGGGAGUUUGUAUUUUUAUGAGGCCUUUUGGGCGAUGGCUCCUAUUGACCAGCAAUACUACACGACUUGGUCUCUAAUGACAGAACGUCUACUAGAGGAACUCAGUAAUGAUGUCAUGUUAAAUGCUCCCAGGAAAAACAAACAACAGCGCAAAUACGGACACAUGGGGGUGGAAAAGAUCGCACGUCUUAGCGCCAUGUUAAAAAAGUGGAUUUGUUUUCCUGGACUUCAGUUAUUCAAAUGUGUUGAAUUAUUAACAGAUGAGCUAGUCGCUGCUCAACAUUUACCUAAAGAUGUUGGUGAACUGAUUAAAGAUUUCCUAAAGAGGUUGAGCUCUAUUGGAUAUAUACAGCCUGUUAGACUCCUCGGUUCCUUAUCCAGACCAUUUAUUCCACCCAUAAAUAAGCUCAUUUUCUGGCCCGGUUACACCACCGAUCGAAGUGAACGAGGUUUGAAUAAAUCAUUCAAAUCCAUGUGUAAUUCGGGAUUGGGGAAAUGUAAGGAGGUCGGGCAUCAGGCAGAGAAAUACAUUCCCUAUUAUGAAAACCUCCUUCUGGUCGUGGUGUUUAACCGCCCUGGUCACUAUAUAGUUGUCGACUACCUCGAAAGGAUGUACCGACCGUAUUUUCCUAAUAUGCUUUAUUGUGGGCAUGACAUGCACAAUUUUUUAUCUGUUUACAAUCACAUUGAUAGAAAGGUUACUUUUAUUGAAGUCGAAUUUAAUAAGGGACAGUAUGGAUACCAAUGUGUCCAAAAGGCGAUACAGAUGAACUAUGACGUAGAAGGUUACAUCCAUCUUAGUGACGAUGUUCUAUUAAAUGUUUGGAACGUCCAGGAUCUUCCGAAGGAUAAAUUGUGGUUCCAGGGAAAUAUGAAGGUAGCCAAUAUCACCCAGGAUGUUGUCCCGGAUAUAUGGAAACAUCCUCAUUGGGGUCCGUGGAUGUCAGAUUAUGGACGCGUAGCAGUUAAGAGAGCUGUUAGUGUUCUACAAACCUUGGCGCUGGUGGAGCAGAAAGUCAAGGUUUUCAUGUUUAUGUUGUCUACGAACGCCGGAGGCCAGGACCGCGUUUAUUACCAAGCAUCCGAUAUUUUUUACAUUCCGAAGCGCUUCGCGGAACUUUUCGCUUACAUCACAACUACGUUUGAUUCGAAUUAUGUUCAUUUUGAGAUCGCGGUGCCGACGAUGUUAAACGGUUUGGAUCUACAUGAGAACAUUGUGUUUAUGAAUGGGUCUUAUCUGUGGUUUCAAGACCGUCAAUUAUAUCAGCUGAAAUAUAAUUAUCAACAUGUUUUUAUGCAUUCCAUAAAACUAGGAAUGUGUAUUGCUGAUCCCAAGUGUCAAAAGUUUAUCUGUCAUCGUUAUUUACCUUGUUUAUAUUCCUCUAAAUAAAUUAAUUGUUAGGUUUU